UAGCAGGCGGCAGAGCUCGCAAGAACUAUUGCAGAAGCAUGUCCAACUAGCCGGGCCAGCAGUUAUUCUGCCCUUCCCAAGGGAGCCGCUGCUGCUGGGUGCAGGACAAGAUGGUUUUAGCCAUGGGAGCCAGGAAAAAUCUGAAAAGGAAUGAGCAGCCGAGAGACCUGGCAUUCCUUGGGCAGCUUCAAAGAGAGGUGAAGUAUCUGAAUCAGCGCAAGAUUGAAUGAGCACUGGCUGCUGCCAUGUUGGCAGAACAGAGCUGUUCAGAGGCCGUUGGACAAGUUUGUGGCUGAGCCGGUUUAUCCAGUGUUGAAGAUGGGAAGUUACUUGUCUGCCCCAGCUUACUUCGCUCCCAAGGAUCCCUUUCGGUGCUCUGAAUGUCAGGAUCCCCUCACUAACUGGUACUAUGAGAAAGAUGGGAAGCUGUACUGUCACAAAGACUACUGGGGGAAGUUUGGGGAAUCUUGCCAUGGCUGCUCUCUGCUGAUGACUGGACCUGUGAUGGUGGCUGGCGAAUACAAGUAUCACCCUGAGUGCUUUGCUUGUAUGAGCUGCAAAGUGAUCAUUGAAGAUGGGGACACUUACGCACUGGUGCAACAUUCCACUCUCUACUGUGGAAAAUGCCAUAACCAGAUUGUGCUGACACCGAUGAUAGAAAAACACUCCACUGAGUCUCUGCGUGAGCAGCUGCCUUAUACGCUGACCCUCAUCUCCAUGCCAGCAGCUACUGAUGGCAAGAGGGGCUUCUCUGUGUCUGUUGAAGGUGGCUGCUCCAGCUAUGCCACUGGUGUCCAGGUGAAAGAAGUUAACAGGAUGCACAUCAGCCCAGAUGUCCGAAACGCCAUCCACCCUGCAGAUCGUAUCCUGGAGAUUAACGGAGCUCCUAUUCGUACGUUACAGGUGGAGGAGGUGGAGGAAUUGAUUCGCAAGACAAGCCAGACACUUCAGCUGCUGAUAGAGCACGACCCCGUCUCACAGCGCUUAGACAGGCUCCGUCUGGACUCCCGACUUCCCACCCACAUAAAGCCGCCCAUUUCCCCACGCUCCCUUUCUCCACUGGACAUCAAGGAGAAUCUGGAAGGAACGCUCCGACGGCGCUCCCUCAGGCGAAGUAACAGCAUUUCUAAGUCUCCUGGCCCCAGUUCUCCAAAGGAACCACUCCUUCUGAGCCGUGACAUCAGUCGUUCUGAAUCCCUACGUUCCUCUUCUAGCUGCUCCCAGCAAAUCUUCCGGCCCUGUGACCUGAUCCAUGGCGAAGUUCUGGGAAAAGGAUUUUUUGGACAAGCAAUCAAGGUGACCCACAAAGCAACAGGAAAGGUGAUGGUGAUGAAGGAGCUGAUUCGCUGUGAUGAGGAAACACAGAAGACUUUCUUGACAGAGGUGAAAGUGAUGCGCAGCCUGGAUCACCCCAAUGUCCUGAAGUUCAUCGGUGUACUGUACAAGGACAAGAAGCUGAAUCUCCUCACUGAGUACAUUGAGGGGGGCACCCUGAAGGACUUCCUCCGCAAUGCGGACCCGUUUCCCUGGCAGCAGAAGGUCAGCUUUGCCAAAGGAAUUGCCUCUGGAAUGGCUUACUUGCACUCCAUGUGCAUCAUUCACAGAGACCUGAACUCACACAAUUGCCUAAUCAAGUUGGAUAAGACGGUGGUGGUGGCUGACUUCGGGCUGUCUCGGCUGAUUGUGGAGGAAAGAAAAAAGCCCACUUUGGAGAAGCCAUCUGCUAAGAAACGAACCCUACGCAAGAGUGACAGGAAGAAGCGCUACACGGUGGUUGGCAACCCGUACUGGAUGGCCCCAGAGAUGCUGAAUGGACAGAGCUACGAUGAGACAGUGGACAUCUUUUCAUUUGGGAUUGUUCUCUGUGAGAUCAUAGGCCAGGUUUAUGCUGACCCAGACUGUCUCCCACGCACACUGGAUUUUGGCCUUAAUGUCAAGCUGUUCUGGGAGAAGUUUGUUCCUGCUGACUGUCCUCCAGCCUUUUUCCCUCUGGCUGCUAUUUGCUGCAGACUGGAACCAGAGAGCAGGCCCCCUUUUUCCAAGCUGGAAGACUCCUUUGAAGCUCUCUCUCUCUACCUGGGAGAACUUGCCAUCCCCCUUCCAUCUGAGCUGGAGGAGCUGGACCACAACGUGAGUGUGCAGUAUGGACUGAACCGUGACAAGCUACCUGAAAACACAACCUAGUCAGCUCAUCCUGCUGCCUGCACCACUUCUGUUGGAGCUGAGAUGCGGGACAGGGAGGGAGAUGCACUUCAGCCACUUCCAGGGCAUUAAUGGGGCACCACGCUGUGCGUUUGCUGCAUUGCCUCUCUCUCCCCACCCAACACCCCUCCUCUUGGACAACCUGAUUCACUGUGGAUUUCUGGCGUGUUUCAGAAGCAAAAAGGGCCGUUUCCUGCCAACUGCACCUAGGAAAGCUGCUCAACACUAUUUUUCUGGCUUGAGAAAUGUUUCUCUGGCCUUUUCAGGCUUCUUUACUGUGGUGCCUUAGAACUUGGCUGCAAGCUGUGAAGCCACCCUGGCCUGACUGCCAGGGAGGGAAUUGCUGUAGGAAACUUCUGAGCAAGGACCAGCAGCACUUCUGGACAUGCUUCUCCCACCAGAUGCCCUGCUCAGAAAGCCAGGGAAAUUGAACAUCCAGCAAAAGGCCCCACCAGGACAGCGUGUUUGUGUGUAUGUUUGUGCAUGUGUUUUCCAGAUCAACCCACUGAGAUUUUGGCCUCCAGUGUGCAUCGGGGAAGGGAGUGAAAAGCCCCAAGAACUGGGCAGAUCUCCUGAAAUACCUUGUCUGUGGGGAAGUGUGUAUGAAGUUUUGUUUUGGUUUGGUUUUGUGGGUUUUCUCCUCCUCUGUCUCUGAAUACCUCCAAAAGCCUGCCUAGAAACACUAAGACUGAGCUCUGCUUGCCCCUCCUGAUGGUGAACAAGGCAGGCAGCAGAUGAGCCACUUGAGCAUCUUCAGACCCUGAGCCAGCACAGUGAGUUUGCCUGCCCGAGAACCUUAACCUAGGUGAGAGUAUUUGAACUUGAAUGUGUAGAACUGCACUAGGCACUGGCUGUGGACAUCCCUGGAGUGCUGAAGCUGCUUGAGCUCUCAGCAUGAGGUGACAGAAGGUGCUCUUCAGAAAGCCAAAGGUCUGAAGUGGCUCAGACUUUGUACGUGGACAGUGAUGAAGGGGCAUGUGCCCAAGGUUACUUAAAGGAUGGACUUGUCAUGAACAAAAACGUGUUGGAGAAGGUCCCAUCCUCCCAGGAAUGACAGCUGGAGAACUAGUAAUUCAGUUGCCAUUACCUCAUCCUUUCCUGCAGGCUGUGCUCCCUUUGAAGGUCCUUCUUGCAGCUGCUGCUGCAGCAGCACCUGAGCUGAUUCUCUGAGCAGAAACUUUCCUCAGGGUCAUUCCCUGCUUUUGGGGAGAAAAAAAGGGCUUGGAGUCACUGGGAGGUGGGCAGGGGUGUAUUUUCUUCCAGCACUUCUCUUCUUCCUCCCUUGGUGGGAGAGGGAAGAAAGCUACUGCUGUAGUAGCUCACAUGGUUGGCAGAACUGAACAAAAAGCUGGCUCAAGUCCUGCUCUUAAGUUUCACAAACAUAUUGGUUUAACUGGAUUUUUAGUGUGCUUUCUCCCUCCCUCCCUUCGGUAUUGAACAGUGGGGAAUGGGUGUUAGUCUUUGCUGUUACUUUGAUUCUCUCCCCCUACCCAUGAGUUUGAAGUAUUAUGUAAAGUAACAUGGGACCAGCUGCCACCACCUGACAAAAGGUGUGUGUGGAGGGGGCUGGUUUUAGUCUGUGUAGUGGUGUGUUAGAAACACUGGGGACUCCCUUUGCUGUGAGUCAGUGGAGGAGCCUCUAUAAACUGGGUCCAGUGGAUUCAGGAUUGUUAAUAGGAUUUGCCCUUUCUUUCCCCCUCCCAGGCUGGUUUGUGAGGGGACACCUGAAGGGGAGAGUCCUGGGUGAUGUGUGGGUGGGGUUUAUGAACUGUGAUUUGCACAGCUCCAUGUUCUAACUAAAUUAAAAAGCAGUAAAUGUAUGCUAUGAAAACCAAGAUUCUGUCGUCUCUGUUACAUAAAGCAGGAAGCUGUAA